ACGCUCAUUUGUCGUCAUGGCUACCGCUGGAAUGCGCUUUUGCCGCGAGUGGUAAGUCUCCCUGCGGCCUUCGCCCUAGCCUCUCGGUCUUGUAAUGCGAUGACAAUCGUCACCUCGUCGGUCCACACUCGUACCAGCUCCCUGUAUGGACUUGAGAGUCGGCUCGUCGAGUAUUGCCUUGUUCCAAUAAUACUUUGCUGACUCUCGUGCUCGCUGUACCGUGUUACCCCACAGCAACAACAUGUUGUACCCGAGUCAAGACCGUGAGAUUCGCCGCCUGGUGUUCCGUUGCCGCAACUGCGGGCAGUCCGAGGAUGUGGAGGAGAACUGUAUUUAUGUCAACGAGCUAGUCAAGGACACGCGUGUGCAGCUGGACGUGCUGCCUGGAGACGUGAUCGAUGACCCGACCCUGCAACGCGACUACGAUGUGGCAUGCCCCAACUGUGGGCACAAUGGUGCCGUAUUCAUUCGCUCGCAGGAUGGCGUCAAGCAGUCGACGCUUGCUCUUAUUUGGGUGUGUCUGAACCGCGAUUGCCAAGUGGACGAGGAGGGGAACCGCUUGCCGUCGUAUUGCUGGAUGGGAAGCUGAGCGGUGACCUUACAAACUAUACGUCACGUUUGUAGCAAUUCCAGACGUUCAAUUUCGACGCACUGAGCUGUUCGUCCACAGAGCCGAGCAGGAUGUUACAAUACAAGACGUGAAUGACAAAAAAAAUUGUUUGUGUUAUUAGUGGC